CCCUCACCACCCUCCACUCUGCGCCUGCCAUGGCACGCAACCAGACCAUCGGCAAGUUCUUCGGCGGCAAGGAGGACGUCGCGGCGCCGCCCGACAAGCCCGGCUCGCUCAAGGGCAAGCUGGCCGCCGGCAUGGCCGCCGCCGUUGCAGACUCGCAGCCUGCACCCCCUGCUGUGGCCGCAGGCUCGUCGUCGUCUUCGCGCCAGCUGGACAGCGACAUGGUCGAGGCUGACCCCAAGGCCGUCAUGCAGGCGGCACAGCGCGCCGCCGACGAGCAUGCCGUGGCCGCCGAGAAGAAGUUGCCGGAGAAGAAGCACACUGCCUCGCCGCCGAAGCACGCACAGAGCACGCACGGCGACAGCGAUGAUGACGGCCCGGUGCGCAAGAAGAAGCGCGCCGCCAUCGCGCCGAGCGACACGUCCGACGACGAGGCGCCGUCGCCGCCGCCGCCGCCGAAGAAGAAGGCGGCACCAGUAGCGGCGCCCAAGGCCUCCAGCUCGAAGCUGCCGGCCCAGUCCGCGGGCAAGCAAACGGCGCCCGAGGUCAUCGACGUCGAUGAGGCGGAGAGCAGUGCGCCGGAGCACGACGCCGAGGUGGAGGAGGACGACAGCGAGGAGGAGCUGGUGGCGGAGGAGGAGCAGAAGAGUCAUAAGAAGAUCGCCGCCAUCUUCCUCAAGCCCGAGGCGUCGCAGAACACCAAAGUCAAGUGGGAGGCCGGCAAGCCUGUGCCGUACGCGGCACUGUCGCACGCCUUUGUCGAGAUUGAGGCGACGACGAAGCGGCUGAUCAUCCUGGAGAUCCUGACCAAGCUCUUUGUGCGCAUCAUUGAGCUCUCGCCCUCGAAUCUGCUGCCUGCCGUGUAUCUCUGCAUCAAUCGCCUGUGUCCGGACUACGAAGGCCUCGAGCUGGGCAUUGGCGAGGGCAUCUUGCUCAAGGCCAUCGCCCAGGGCACGGGCCGCGACAUGAAGACGGUCAAGAAGGAUCUGGAGGCCAAGGGUGAUCUUGGUCUGGUCGCCAUCGGCUCGCGCCAGAAGCAGCCGACGAUGUUCAAGGCGCCCGCGCUCACCGUGCCGGCCGUGUUCAAGCAGCUCAAGGAGAUUGCGGCCAUGACGGGCAGCAAGAGCCAGGAGCGCAAGAUGGGCGGCAUCAAGAAGCUGCUCGCCGCCAGCGUCGACGAGGAGCCAAAGUACAUCAUGCGCUCCCUCGAGGGCAAGCUGCGCAUCGGCCUGGCCGAACGCACGGUGCUCGUGGCGCUCGCGCAGAGCAUCGUCAUCACUGGCGCCAAGAAGGGCAAGAGGCUCAGUCCCGAGGCGAUGAGCGAGGAGAUUGCGCGCGGAACAGAGGUGCUCAAGGCCGUCUUCAGCGAGAUCCCCAACUACGACAUGGUCGUGCCGGCGCUGCUCGAGUCGGGCAUCGACGGCUGCCGGCAGAAGUGCAAGCUGACGCCGGGCAUUCCGCUCAAGCCGAUGCUGGCCAAGCCGACCAAGGCCAUCACCGAGGUGCUGGACCGCUUCGAGGACAAGGCCUUUACGUGCGAGUACAAGUACGACGGCGAGCGUGCGCAGGUGCACUACUUUGUGCCUGCGGGCGCCCAGGCGGGCAGCAAGGCGCAGCUGGCCGUGUUCAGCCGCAACUCGGAGAACAUGAGUCUCAAGUAUCCCGACCUCGUCGAGCAGGUGCCGCGCUGCAUCCACGCCGACGUGCAGAGCUUCGUCUUUGACGCCGAGGUGACGGCAUGGAAGAAGGCCGAGCCGCAGGCCGACGGCAGUGUGCUCGCCGCGCGCCUGCUGCCGUUCCAGGAGCUGAGUCGCCGCAAGCGCAAAGACGUCAAGGCCGAGGACAUUACCGUCAAGGUCAAGCUGUUCGCCUUUGAUCUGCUCUACCUCAACGGCCAGCCGCUGCUGCACAUGGAUCUCGCCGAGCGCCGCAAGCUGCUGCACGCCAGCUUCCACGCCGUGCCCGACGAGUUUGACUUUGCCACGAGCCAGGACUGCACGACGACGGAGGAGAUCCAGGCCUUCCUGGACGUCAGCGUCCAGUCGGGCUGCGAGGGCCUGAUGGUCAAGAUGCUGCAGGGCCGCGAGGCGACGUACGAGCCGAGCCGCCGCAGUCUCAACUGGCUCAAGCUCAAGAAGGACUACCUCGCCGGCACGGGCGACAGCCUCGACCUCGUCGUCAUUGGCGGCUACUACGGCAAGGGCAAGCGCACCAAUGUCUACGGCGCCUUCCUCCUCGCAUGCUACGACGCCGACUCGGAGAGCUACCAGAGCGUGUGCAAGAUCGGCACGGGCUUCACGGAGGAGAUGCUCGAGGCGCACUACAACACGCUCAAGCCGCUCGAGCUGCAGAGCAAGAAGGCCUACUACGACGUCGGCGAGGCCAAGCCCGACGUGUACUUCGAGUCGCGCGUCGUCUGGGAGGUCCUCACCGCCGAUCUCUCGCUCAGCCCUGUCUACACGGCCGCGAAAGGCAUGUGCGACGCGCAGCGCGGCAUCUCGCUGCGCUUCCCGCGCUUCCUGCGCAUCCGCGACGACAAGGAUCCGGACGACUCGACGGCGCCGGAGCAGAUCUUGGUGCUCAUCGAGCGCAAGCCCUGCAGCGUGACGGGCGCCGCCGGCUUCUCUCUCAGCUGUCCGAGCGUGGCGUUUGCCUUGUGCUUCUGGGCGCUGCUGCUGCUGCUGCGCGCCGAGCUCUUCUUGUUCUUCUUUGGACGCAGCUCCGCCAGCGGAGCCCGCGGGUUUUCAAAGCCCAGACUCGGCGGCGCCGUGCCCUCGGCAGCUGCGGCGCGUGCGGCGAUGGAGUCGGCCAGCGCGGCGUCGACGUCGAGUGCGGAGAAGGGCUGCGUGUGCGUGGUGGCAGCAACAGCGGGCGAAGCCAUGGCUUGUUGGAAGGGAUAG